AUGGACAAGGUGAGGUGCGCCCAUUUGCUUCUCAAGCACCGGGACUCGAGGAACCCAGUAAACAGGAACACGGGGGAACGCGUGACGAGGACGAAGGAGGAGGCAGUGGCGGAGCUGCGCAGCCUCCUGGAGGCUCUGAGGAAGUCAGACAGACCGGACCACGAGUUCAGGAGGCUGGCGACAGCCAAGUCCGAGUGCUCAAGCGCAAAGAACGGAGGCGACCUGGGAUUUUUCGAUAGAAACACCAUGCAGAAGCCGUUUACGGAGGCGUCAUUCAAGCUGAGAGUGAACGAAAUUAGCGACCUGGUGGAAACCGAUUCGGGAGUGCAUCUUAUUUAUAGGAUCUCCUAG